CUAAAACCUCAAAAGUUCUUCUUCUUCUUCUUCCCUCCGCCUCAAAUCGAUUAAUCGACAAAAAUGGCGGAACUAAAGCUAUCGGAGAGCCGCGACCUAACGAGAGUGGAGCGAAUCGGCGCGCACUCACACAUCCGAGGCCUAGGCCUCGACUCAUCCCUCGAGCCGCGAGCCGUCUCGGAAGGAAUGGUAGGCCAAGCGAAGGCGCGCAAAGCCGCCGGCGUAAUCCUCCAGAUGAUCAAAGAAGGCAAAAUCGCCGGCCGUGCCAUCCUAAUCGCCGGCCAGCCGGGAACGGGGAAGACGGCGAUAGCCAUGGGGAUGGCGAAAUCCCUCGGGUUAGAGACGCCCUUCGCGAUGAUCGCGGGGAGCGAGAUCUUCUCCCUGGAGAUGUCCAAGACCGAGGCUCUGACUCAGUCUUUCCGCAAAGCGAUCGGGGUGAGGAUCAAGGAAGAGACGGAGGUGAUCGAAGGAGAAGUCGUGGAGGUUCAGAUCGAUAGGCCUGCUUCUUCCGGAGUGGCGUCCAAGUCAGGGAAGCUGACGAUGAAGACGACGGAUAUGGAGACGGUUUACGAUAUGGGGGCGAAGCUGAUUGAGUCUUUGAAUAAGGAGAAAGUGCAGAGCGGGGAUGUGAUUGCGCUUGAUAAGGCGACUGGGAAGAUUAGUAAGCUCGGGAGGUCGUUUUCGAGGUCUAGGGAUUAUGAUGCGAUGGGUGCGCAGACUAAGUUCGUGCAGUGCCCUGAUGGUGAGUUGCAGAAGAGGAAAGAGGUUGUGCAUUGUGUCACUCUUCAUGAGAUUGAUGUCAUCAACAGCAGGACGCAAGGGUUUCUAGCCCUUUUCACUGGAGAUACUGGAGAGAUCCGAUCAGAAGUUCGUGAACAAAUCGACACAAAAGUAGCGGAAUGGAGAGAAGAAGGCAAAGCUGAGAUAGUUCCUGGCGUUCUCUUCAUCGACGAAGUCCACAUGCUCGACAUUGAAUGCUUCUCAUUCCUCAACCGAGCCCUCGAGAACGAAAUGUCACCGAUCCUCGUCGUGGCAACCAACCGAGGAGUCACGACGAUCCGCGGGACGAACCAGAAAUCACCCCACGGGAUCCCGAUCGAUCUCCUCGACCGUCUCCUCAUCAUCACAACUCAGCCUUACACGGACGAGGACAUAAGGAAGAUCUUGGAGAUUCGUUGCCAAGAAGAGGACGUCGAGAUGAACGAGGAGGCCAAGCAGCUUUUGACUUUGAUCGGACGUGAUACUUCUCUGAGGUAUGCGAUUCAUCUGAUUACGGCCGCUGCGUUGUCUUGCCAGAAACGGAAAGGGAAAGUCGUGGAGAUUGAGGAUAUCAACAGAGUUUAUCGAUUGUUCUUGGAUGCGAGGAGAUCGAUGCAGUACCUCGUCGAGUAUCAGAGUCAGUAUAUGUUUAGCGAACCAGUCGAAGCUGAUGGAGAAGAAGAAGACGAACAAGAUGCUAUGCAAAUCUGAAGAUUCCAUCUUUGUUUGCCCGUUUAUUAUCUGUGCUAUGUGGUGUUAUCGAUCUAUUAUGACUCCGGGUCUCUUUUUUUUUUUUUUGGUCAACUACUCCGGGUCUCUUUUAUGUUUGGUUUCUUUUCAAGUUGUAAUGAAUGUUUUAACUAUGGAUCGUUGUAGUAAGAAUUAGAUUUUUGUUUCGUA